CGUAGCCUCUUCCUCCGCAUCCUCACCUCCGUCCCACCCAGCACCGACUCGAGGCCCUACCUGCCAGUCCUGAUGCAGAUCCUCCUCGACCUACGCCAACUUGCCCUCCUAGCAGAUCGCGUCACAGCAGCCUCAGAGCCCUCGACAUCCACCUCCCGCCCCGCACAGCCCCACCUUGAAUCAACAGCUCGCCACCUAAACAAAGCCUUCACGGCCUGCGUAGCAGAUCGCAACCCUUCUCUCCUCACCUCGCGCAAAUGGGCAACCUACCGCAUAGUCGCCAUCCUCUUCCGCACCUACUUUCGUCUACGCGCCCUCCCUCUAUGCCGUAACGUCCUCCGAGCACUCAGCGCUGCCCCUCUGCCUCCCCUAGACCAUUUUCCUCGCGCGGACAGGGUCACAUUCAGAUACUACACGGGACUGCUACACUUCCUGGCGCAGGAUUAUGCACCCGCGCUGCAGGACCUCAGUGAGGCGUGGGGCGAAUGCCAUGCGGGGGCGAUCAAGCAGCAGGAGUUGAUACUGGUGCCUUUGAUUCCGCUGGAGUUGCUCUUGAGGGGGAGGAGGCCAAGUAAGGUGCUCCUGGCGCGUUUCCCAAAGUUGGAGGCGCUUUACAGCCCUUUCCUGAGCUCCUUGGCGCCCAAGCCCGACCUGAGACGAUUUGCCGCUGCGCUUGCUGAGCCAAGCUUCGAGCGUGCGCUCGUGGUGCGUGGAACCUACUUGGCCGUCGAGGCUUUCCGGCCCAUCCUUCUGCGGCAGGUAGUCAGGCGAUUGUGCGCCCAGGUGCUGAAGAGCACGCGUGUGAAGCUAGCGGAUGUGCAGACUGCGCUUAGCGAAAUUGAAGCCGGAGACGCCGCAGCGGAGGUGGAGUGGCUGGUCGGCUCCCUGAUUGCCCGCGGCUUCGUAAAGGGGUACCUCUCCCACGAGAGGCAGAUGAUGGUUCUGAGCAACGUCAACGCCUUCCCGCCGUUGAAGGAUGUGGCUGCCGCGGGGAGUGGAGGCGUUGUAGGCAUCUAA